AUGUCUACUCUUUAUGGAUGGGGCUCGUGUGAAGUAGGCCAAUUGGGCCCGGUUUCUACAGAAGAAUCAGGUGGUUUAGUUUGCCAGCCUACUGUAAUUAAUUGGCCUCCUCCUGGCGUUGGUAAACAUCUUAUCAAACUUUCCUGUGGCUAUCAGCACACUCUUGCACUUGAUUCUGAAGGCCUCGUCUAUAGCUCCGGAUCUAAUGAAUUUGGACAGCUCGGUCAUAAACGCCAAAAUAAUGCUUUCGUCUCGGGAAUUAAAGAACAUGUUAGGGAUGUGGUCGCUGGUCCUUAUCAUAGUGCAGCAAUUACAGUGACCGGCCGCGUCUACAUGUGGGGAUGCAACACAAAUCAUCAACUAGGCCGGGAUGAUUUUGAAGAUAACGAGGUUGGACUUCUUAACUUCAAUCAUGGAACUAUUGUUCAAAUAAGCCUGGGUCUUGAGCACACAGUUGCCUUAACAGAGGCCUCAGAGAUCUACACUUGGGGUUCAAACAGUCAGGGCCAGUUGGGUCUCGGUUAUUGUUCCCAGCAACCUAUGACUACUCCUCAACUGGUCGAAGCUCUUAUUGCUCUACCAGUGCGACAGAUUGUCGCAGGCGCUAAUCACAAUGUCAUUGUUACUCCUAGUGGAUCAGUCUACGUAUGGGGUUCAAAUACUCAGGGGCAACUUGGUUUGGGCGAGGCGGAAUCGCAAUCAAACACCCCUGUAUUGUCCCGGCGAUCUCGGUCUGAAAACUCACCGAAUUCCAAACAGGGCAUUGUUAGUGUGCCUACUCCACGUUUGCUGAAAAGCGUCAAGAGACGUGGAGUGGUUUAUGUCGCUUGUGGUGAAACUCACUCCACACUCCUCACUAAAGAUGGAGCUGUCUUCACGUUUGGUGAUGGCAGAUUUGGACAGUUGGGCCAUGGGCCGGGAAUGACGUCCGUGGGAAAUCCCAGGCAGGUGAUGGAACUCAUGGGUGACACUUGCGUCCAGUUGGUUUGCGGCCGACGGCAUACUCUCGUCGUGGUAUGCAAUCCAUUCCACUCUCCUCCUCGACCUAGACCCAUUAUUUUUGGUUGCGGCUAUGAGGGUCAAUUAGGUCAGCCCAACCUUCAGAAGACAUUCCUACCGGUUAAUGUUAUAGGUCCUUGGCAUUCUCGAGAAGCUUCUCCUGCUAAUUUUAUUACCAAUUCCACGGAACCCACCGUUACUGCAGUUUUCGCGGGUGGAAAUCACUGCUUCGCACUCACCCACCACUCAGGGCUCUCAUGUCCACCACUAGCAGACUUUCGAAAAUGGCAGCCGUGCCACUUGAGUAACAUUGCAACUAUCAGCGAACCCCUUAUCCGACGGUACAUCAACGGUUUCACAGAUCACCAACUCAGUGCCUCGACUCGAAGACUUUCCUCUACUUCUAACAGUGAACCCCCGGACAUAUCUGAGGCCACAUACUGCUUGGAGCAUUACUCUAUGAAGUCUGCCUUCAAGAGACUGGAAGUUGCCUUCGGGUCUAUUGGUUGUCUUGCCUCUAGCUUGUUGUUGAAUAAUGCAAACCGCAGUCAUUACAAUAUUGGUAAGGCCGACCACGGAAUGGACUUGGACUCUGCUCAGGCGCUCCAAACCGACCUCUUCUUGGUUGCUCCAGUUUCAGAUGCUCGUUGUCUCAUUCGUCCCUUGCUUGAGGCCAUUAGUCGACCCCGCUCCAAUUUCCCUGAUCUUGAAUGCCUGAGAGUCUUUGUCUUCCUUGCCGUUUCCCCAUUGCUUGACACCCCCCGAAAGGAUACCUUUAACUUGCCUGAUAGUUCUGUCGAAGUUGGCACUGGACCUACCACACAUUAUCCCACAGUUUUGGCUGGAUAUGCAAUUGGAUUUGUACUAUCUGCCUUCGCUCGCGCCGUCUGUCGACUAGAGGGAGUUCCGCUAUCAGUACUGGAUUCCUGGUUCACGGACUUUCAGCCUCGAUUUUUCCGUCGUUUGGUCGCCAAUCUUACUAACUUUGUCGCCUUCCGUUACUGUUCUGAGCACCCAGUGGAAGAGGUCAAUUGCUUCAACAACCAAAGCGCAACACACGCAUCUCUUGAACUACUUAAGCGUCUCCAUGAUAUAAACCAGAAACGAACGGAGCGAAUUAGCUACAUGGCAUUCUACAUUCCCGAAUUGACAGACAGGUUUAACGACAGGGGGUUUGCUAAUUGGUUAAUACAGCGGCAUUCUAAUGAAAAGCAAAUUGAUUCAUUCGCUGGACAGUGCCCACCCCCUCGCAGGUUUCGCAUUUGGCGUUCAAAAUCAGUUCCCCCCAAGCCGGCACACAAUAACAAUAAUCAGAACUUCACAAUAUUCGAUUAUCCCUUCGUUUUCGAUGUGGCUUGCAAAGCGAAGAUGCUUCAGACAGAAGCGAGAUUGAUGCAGGAGAUGGCAAUGCAAAAUUUCUCCAACGCAGUUCUUGGUACCACACUGACACGACUUCUUGGACCCAUACCGCAGACUUACCUUACGCUUGAAGUCUCCCGCGAGAAUCUAAUUUCUAACACAUUGGAUUAUCUAACUUUGCGUUCGAAGGCUGACCUUAAACGUCCUCUCAAGGUUCGUUUCGCUGGCGAGGAGGCGAUAGACGAUGGUGGAGUUUUGAAGGAGUUCUUCAUCCUAAUCAUGCGUGAGAUUCUAAAUCCGGCUUAUGGUAUGUUCAAAGUAUACAAGGAUUCUCGUAUGCUGUGGUUCAACGAAACGAACUUUGAGUCUCCCCAUAUGUUCGCCAUGGUAGGAGCUCUAUGUGGUCUAGCCAUCUAUAACAACAAUAUCAUCGACCUCUGCUUCCCCACAGCACUUUUCAAAAAGCUCCUAGAUGAGGAACCAACGUUGGAUGAUCUUAAAGAAUUGGAUCCAACAGCGGGUCGAUCGCUUCAAUCCCUCCUGGACUAUGAAGGCACAGAUGUGGAGGAUGUGUUCUGUAUCAACUUUGAGAUUGCCGUAGACCACUAUGGGGUAGUGGAACGAGUGCCUCUCAUUCCCAAUGGAUGUGAUAUCCCUGUGGAUCAUGUCAACAAGGAGCUCUACGUGGAAAAAUAUCUCGACUUCCGCUUUAAUCGCAGUUGCAAGGAUGUCUUUGAGGCAUUCAAAAAAGGUUUCUUCGACGUCUGCUCGGGCUACGUUAUUCGCAUGUUCCAACCCACAGAACUGCAUAGUAUGGUGGUGGGUUCGGAUGAAAUUGAUUGGCAAGAGCUUCGGAAGCACACCAAUUACAAUGGGGAAUACUGGGAUCGUCAUCCGAUUAUCCAGUGGUUCUGGGAUGUUUUAAUCAAUGAGUGUACACUUCAAGACAAAAAGAACUUCCUUCGAUUUCUCACUGGCUGUGAUCGAAUGCCCAUCUUCGGUGUCACUGACAUUACAAUUCAGCCAAAUAACAGUGGGGAUGAAUUUUUGCCAGUAGCACACACCUGCUACAACAUUCUCGACCUUCCAAAGUACAGCAGCAAAGAGAUUCUCGCAACUAAAUUAAAACAAGCCAUUGAAAAUACUGAAGGCUUUGGACUUGUUUAG